AUGUCUGUGAAACAAUCUCUCAGCAUCAAUUCCCCUUUUAUCAGCAACUGGGAGUCCAUUCAAACCCAGACUUAUAGUCCAAUUUUUAUUCUUCAUCCACUUGGCGAAAUGCCAAUAAAAGUGGACUUGCAAAUCCGGGUCUCCAGAAACGGAAGUAACUAUAUGUUCUCGGGAUUCGGCGCUGGACAGAGAGGGGAGGAGGAGGGGGAUACCCGGUACGGCGCAGUGUUAUAUUCCUAUAACGAAUCUCAUGUCCGCCUUCAUGUUCCUGUCAGCUCAAUAACAAAUGAAGGCGGGCUAAUAAAUACUGCAGGUUUUACUGGUCCGUUUGAUGCGUAUUAUUUUGCCGCAGACGUCCGGAUUAGAGCCUGGCGUAUCUGUGACUUCCCUCCAGCAAACUUUAGCACCAACAUAUAUGGAGUCGGGGGUCCACCCUACUCUCCAGGGGUAAACCUUAACCACAAUCUGGGUGUCAUUCCUGACUUAGUUAUUGUUCAACUCAAAAUGGCGGACGGUUUUGUGUAUGAGGCGGAUGGUGCUGUUUUUAAAGACAGGCGUUUAUCGUCUGAUAGAGCCUGUGGAACUGUUUUUGCAUAUGACCUCACCAGUAUACGUGUGUGGGGAAUGGCAAAAAGGCAAGGAACUGUUGGAUAUGUUGGUUGUGCUUAUAAAGGAUGGGGGACAGGGUAUGCGGCCAGCUUAGCCCUACUUGUUAUUAGUGCUUGGAUACUACCAGCAGAGGACAUAGUUUUCACCCAGACAAUCACCGUCGCCAAAAAUUCCGUCCAUCCUAAUAUCCUUCCAAUAUCACCUACCGUAUCAACAGACAAUCAUCUGUUUGUUGUCAAGGUAAAAGCCGACGAUGGAGCUAAUGAAGGGUUUGUAUUCCAUGGCUCAGGAACAUCAUUGACUGACGGUUCACUGUCAAACUACGGCGGAGUGAUAUAUGCUUAUGAUGAAUCAGAAGUACUUUUGUGGCGACCGAGUGAUGACAAUACUAAUGGGUAUAUUUUGUAUAUGGGAGGAGACCUCGGGGGCGGGGCUUACCCACAAAUGUCGACACAGGGCGAUGUCACGGUCAGCAUUAUACGAACAUUGACACCAUAUGAGGGAAAUUGUGGAGUUGGAACAUGCGUCGGUAACUGGAGUCAGAUAAUUGUUGUAUGUGAUUGUGUUGGCACCGGACUAAGUGGACAGUACUGUACAAAAGCCACCUCCCCUCCUCCAAGUUCUCUGCUAGCAGGAGUAAAGGAUGAAGAGGAGUCCAGACUCCUACAUCUUGGAUCAAAAAGAAAUCUGACGAUAAACUUGGAAUUUCCCAUCGAAACAAGUCCAAAUAUAGUUGUGGUUAUAAAAGCCUCAUCUUCUAAAGAAGUUAUGGCACUAGCAAGCGCCAGUGUAACGGGAAAAGGCAACAAUAUACAACCCUUCUCAACAAGACUUUACUACAGCUUUUCGUCUUCCUCAAUGAUUUCUGGGUUUUAUUUUAUUUUCUCUGGCAACUUGUCCUUAGGAGAUAUUGUAAAUUCUGGAUCUUCAAACAUAUACAGAGAUAAUAUGGUUACUAUAAUUUCCGAAAUCUUUGUACAAUCCAUUAAUGACGUCACUAACGGAGAGCAACACAAAGUGAAUGUCAUGAUUCUAGUGGAUGGAGUCGGCGUCUGGGGAAAAGACAUUAGUUAUAUCAUCAGCACAUGCAUUCUGACUCCAAUUAAGACACCAGAAAUUUACCCCCGCUAUCCAUCCACCUCCUACCUUGAGCGCGGCACCAUGACUCGGGUCACUGUGGACCUGUGGAUGCCGUUGGCUAACCCUGACAUUGUGGUGAUAUCCAGGAGUACCACGGGGGGAGAGGACACCAAACUCCGGGUCUUUCGCGUGGCUGUCACAAAAGUCGGAGAAAAUUAUCAACUUCCUGUUAUUCUAGAACGAUAUAAUGUUGUUGGUACAGUUUGUAGUGACGUCACUGGAAACAAAACUCUCUACCUUACAUUUCCAACACAUUUUGCUAACAAAGAUGCCUUUGAAUCCACCCCCGUUUCCAGCAGAGACUUGGUCAGACUAGAAACUGUCGUGUACAUGGACAAGGAAUCUCAACUAAAUACCAGAUAUUCACUGGAAUUCGUCAUUGUCGUCGAUGGUGUUAUUUUAUGGAAUUCAACGUUUAAUUUUAUUUCUUCGAAUUUUCUCUUAAUUCCGGUCAUACAGAGAAUGAAGACCCUUCCCUAUAAUGAUUUGCUUUCAACUGGGAGAGAGUUUACCUCAGAUGUUAAUUUGACAUCAUCACAAUUUGGUGUGUAUCAGUUUAAUGUGACUCUGACGUCACUGAAAUCAGGAGGACAGGGAGCGGCGGGCCUUCUUAUCACUUCUGUAACCAUUGGUAACACCGGAAGUAACGUCCUUUGUUCUGCUGUGAGUGUCUACUUCAAAAGAUCAAACAAUUCCAGGAUUCAGAAUGUGGCGGAGGUGACCCUGAAUAUUACAAACUUUGGAUCCCCUGUCCCCUCAGCCACGGAGGAUAAAGAUUGGCUGAUACUGAAACUCACCGCAAUCCCCGUCCCUGUGUACACAAAAUUAACUGAGGUUCAUACCAUUAAAAUCAACACCAGUUCUGUCAGCUCCCAGUUCAACUACACUAUUUACGGAGAAGUUCCAUAUGAUCAAAAUAUGAUGUACAUCGUGGAUAUUUACCAUUAUAAGUCCGUUGCAUGUAUUUCCGAAAACCAGACUUUUGAAUUUUUCAUAAACAUUACCACGGUGAAGAAUAAAACUCCUGGACCGAUGUUCAUUACUUUACCCGUAGGUGACACCGUGUUCUCUGUUCAGGAAUACAAGAUUGUUCAUGUCGGGGAGAACCUUUUGCGCUGUUUUCAGACAAUCCAACUUGAUGGAUCACUUGAUCGAUACAUUAUUUAUGAAGACGGUUCCUUUGGAAAUAUUAGUUUGGAAUUUCCUCUGCUGUGUAAUAAUGAGGUCACUAGUGAUACUGACGGCGAUAUUCUUACUAUAAGGGUGGUAGUUAGUCUCCGCAAGGACGCACAAAUUGGCGCGUCAUCAGUGGAAUAUUUUACAGUCGAGAUCACAUCACCUGGCUUUUUACAGACUGUGACGUCAUCACUACUUUUUACAGUGCAAAUACCGACAGUUUCACUUAGGCCUUUGAUUGUUUAUGGUAUUGAGGUCCUUAAAACCUUCACAGAUGUAAUUUUAUUUCCCUCAAAGUGUCGUGUAGAAUAUAGCAUUGAUGGCAUCAUUUACAGUACAACUAAUUUAAUUUAUGUCAGUGAAAACGCUUCUCACGCGGUGUAUGACCUUGAGAGUAGAUCUUUUGCUGUCAAGCUGCAUCUUGCAGAAGCUGAACGAGGAAAUUCGACGUGUUGUGUACUACACCGAUUCCUCUAUUUAAAUAUCGAAGAAAGUUUGCAGGUUUUGGGGGGUAUCAGUGAACAAUUGCUGCCUGGACUACCUUCAAUUUUUGACCGGAACAACGACUCAUGCAUGCAACUUCCGGUCCAGGGGCACACUCCGCCAAUUCUAUGGAUGCAGAUAAAUACAUCAGUGUUAUGGGGGUUGAAUCCUUCUAGUUUUGUACUUAGCGUUUUAGGACAAGGAAUUAAUUGUAAUAAACAUAAUAAGAAAUCCGUACUACAGGUGUACUACCCAACAUCCCCUACGUCUGGAGAUUUCCGCGGGGAAGUGACGUAUUGUAUACCACGUGACAGCGAAUCAUCUGGUCAGUGUAUAUAUCUCUGUCCCUGUGCGGGGCCCCUCUGUUCAGUGGCUUACGUGUUCAUGGCCAGCAGUGACAUCUCAUACAGCUGGACAGUUUGUGAAAUAUCGGCUGAAAAUGAAUGAAUUUAAACACAGUUAUAAUUUCUAUCCCUUAAACAAAUUGUUGAUGCUGUAUGAUAUUGUAUUUUAAAUUAAGUUGUCUAUAAAGUUAUCAGAAUUUAUGCUUUAAGUAAAUGCAUAUAAAGUUUCAAAUGACAAGAAAUUUUCAUAUUUAAAUAUAAUAAUUAUUAAGUAUAGUAAUACAUUUACUGUACAUUUAAAAAAUGGGGACAGAGGUACAAUAAGUUGGAAAAUUUAGUCCAAGAAUCUGUAAAAUGCAAUGGUAAUCGUACUGAGGUAGACAAAGAAAAUCGACGCUGUUACCUGUUUUAUUAUCUGCCACCACUACAUAUUUCUCAUGUUAGUGUCAACCAAUAUUUUAGUCACCUCUGAAUUUCUGUAUACAGAAGGAUACUAGAUGUUUCUUAAAACAUUCAUUACUGUAAUGUCAAUCCUUUGUUCUUGCUGUCUAUAUACAUUU